GUGGAGCACCUGAGACAGCUCUGAGUGUCCCGGGUUACCCGGAAGCGCCUUUCUGGCCGCGCUUUAUAGGCCUCGCUUGUGCUUCCUGUUUCCUCUUUUACUAUACCCGCCAACAUGGGCCGCGUCCGCACCAAAACCGUGAAGAAGGCGGCCCGGGUCAUCAUCGAGAAGUACUACACGCGCCUGGGCAACGACUUCCACACCAACAAGCGCGUGUGCGAGGAGAUCGCCAUCAUCCCCAGCAAGAAGCUCCGCAACAAGAUCGCAGGCUACGUCACGCACCUGAUGAAGCGCAUUCAGAGGGGCCCGGUGAGGGGCAUCUCCAUCAAGCUGCAGGAGGAGGAGCGAGAACGGAGGGACAACUACGUGCCCGAGGUCUCGGCCCUGGAUCAGGAGAUCAUUGAAGUGGAUCCUGACACUAAGGAAAUGUUGAAACUCUUGGACUUUGGCAGCCUGUCCAACCUGCAGGUCACUCAGCCUACAGUCGGGAUGAAUUUCAAAACACCACGUGGAGCCGUUUGAAUCUUUCUGCUGUGCUGUAAUAUCAUCAAUAAACCUUGGACAACAA